AUGGGUCAGCCUCUCGGAUAUGCGAUGGGUCUCAUUCUCGGGGGCGUCCUGACUGAUACGAUCGGAUGGCGCUGGGGCUUCUAUAUCACUGCCAUUGCCGAUGCGAUGCUCUUCGUGGCGUCGGUCUUCGUACUCCCCUCGGAUCCAUCUUCUACAAAGCUGUCCAAAGAGUCAUGGCGCCGACUGGCAUACGGCAUUGACUGGAUGGGUGUGGCAAUUCUGGCCAUCGCCUUCGCGUUGCUGUCUUAUGUUCUUGCCAUGGUCACAACAGACUACAAACACAUCCUGCAAGCCCACAUCAUCGCCUUGAUGCGAUUUCGGUGCUGCUGCUCCCUGUGUUUUCUCUCUGGGUCAACUGGAGGGUGA